CAAUUCGGGGUUGGUGCGCCUGAGUUGCAGCGGUGCGCUCUUUGUGUGAUGCACAUGUGGUCCUGCGCCUUUCAAACGAAGAGGAACUGGGCAGUCCACGAGGACAUCCACACGAAGAAGCACAACCAGUUGGUCUCCGAGAAGGCCGUGCAACUAGUUGAGAUCACCGCAAAUGUGCGGUUGACAGAGUAUCGGCGGGCAAGAUGUGGUUAUGUGUUGCCAUGGCAGCGGGAUGAGGGCAUGCUCGACUGCCCGGCAAAACUCGAGGUGGAGCCGGUGCGCACAGGCACGCGCAGGGGGAUGACGGAGGAGGAGAUUGCCCAGCAGGUUGCGCUUAUUACGCGCUAUCCCAUCGGGGAUUCCGCACCGCACUCUGCUGAUGCCGUUUUUGGUCGACGUGCUUGCAUUUUCCGUCCCUACCCCAGGGAGGAUGACUCGGAUGAGGAGCCGAUACCCGAGGCCGCAAAUGACCCUGCGCUUCGCAUUCCCCGCGAGAUCGAUGAGACGCACGACGAUCCCAACGACGAGGAGACGAGGACACACACCGCACAACGGGUGGCGGACCUGGCGGACAGGGAGAUGUUGGGGGGAGACAAGGAUUUUUGGAGACCUUUCGGGGAGGUGGCUACCACAGGUGAUAUGCGUGAUCACAGAGUCAGGGGCUCGCAUGCAGGCAUGAUCCAGACAGAGGCGCGAAUGACGACUCCGGCUCCGACACGGCGCGUCCAUGCCGCCACCUCCAGCUCCGAGUCCUGCACCACCAUCGCUAGAGGAGAGGGUACCAUCAACAACACUUGUGGAGGGGGAGGUGGCAGCAGCGGAGGGGGGUGCAGUAGCAGCAGCAACAGCAACAGUGGAGGGGGAGGUGGCAGCAGUGGAGAAGUAGACAACAGCGGCGGCAGAGGAGGAGGUGCAUCAGCAGCAGCAGUGGAGGAGGAGGUGGCAGCAGCGGAGGAGGAGAUAGCAGCAGCGGCACAGAUGUCGGAUGUUGCCAUGCAGCGAGAGCAGGUUAACCGAGCACCCAUUUUUCAGGCCCAAAUGCAGCGUGAUGGUGAGGACGACGCUGAGGGCGGUGCGACCGUCAAAGAGCGCCUCAUGCAGCAGUUCAUGACGGAGGAGCUCGAUCCGGUAGCGGCGCGUAUCACCCCGGGUGUGGCAAGGGGUUUGGGGAUGUCGGAUUCGGAGAUGGGGACCCACUUCGACUGACAUGUCGAUGGGCUUUCCCCCUAGUUGCGGCGGGGUGGCAUCGACGGAUAGGGCGCCAUUGAGGGACGAGGCGGCAGGCGCAGAGUCUCCAGAUGCAACACGCGA